UCUCAACAUUUACGCACCAGCGGAUUCAAACCCGGCUCGCCGAAGUUUUUUUGAAUCAGUCUGUGGCAUGCUAUAUAUUCUAACGGACACUAUUAAUAUCAAUCAGCUGAUUAUUUCAGGUGAUUUUAAUUAUGAUGUUUCACGCGAUGUAACUAGUCGAAAGGGAUUGCUUAAAACCUCCGCACAAUGGCUUACAUACCUUGAUUCUCUGUUCUACAACAGUACGAUUCAUAACAGUAUGCAUACCCUACCUACUUUCCAACGCCAAAUCGGCACAACGUCGACUAUUGACUGUAUAUACUUAGGCCUAACACUGAAGAAUAACAUCAAAGAUGCGUCCAUUCAGUAUAUUCAAAGUAAAUGGUCAGAUCAUGCGCUUCUACAGCUUCAACUAAAUGUAGAUGGGCUUCCGUCUUGCAAGCUCAAAUUAAUCGAUUAGUCGCUCUUCUUGAAUCCUCCUCCAAAGAUAAUUUGAUUCUCCGUCAGGAACUCAAACAAUCUAAUGCUCGCAUCCUAUUAUUGGAACAGAAACUCUCAGGCACCCGAAGUGCUGGAGAUUUUGGCUUCACUGUACCCGAAACAUUCCUCCGGGAUCUCGGAAGUAACGCUUCCAAAUACUCGGAUAUCA